AUGAGAGUAUGUCAGUUUUGCCGACCUUUCCAAUUGCUCACUUGCUUCUUAUGUUACCUCCUAGUGUUUGUGAGAGCUAACAAGGAGAAGAUAAAUCAAAAUGAUUAUCAAGUGUGCGCCGGUAUGUAUUCCAAAGAAGAUUGGAAGGGCAAAAAAGACCCGUUUAUAUCAUUCAAUCUUAAGAAAAUAAGUGGAAUGAGUGAUGAUUCUGAUCCAGGCAUAGUCGUUGCAAUCUAUGAUUUCCAAGACUUUGAGCACUUAGGUGUAGAAUUGCCCGAUGGAGAAAUGUAUUAUAUUUGUGAUGAUUAUGCAAUCGACAUCGGGAUUUGUGAAGAAGAAAAUCGUGAUGAAUUCAUUAUUCAGGAUGUUGUUUAUGAUCCAUAUACUUCCACAAAUAGAUCUUUAGCUAAUCCAAUUAUGACGUUUCCUCAAAGUGAAGUAGGUCUGCAUGACACUAGAUACCCAAUAAAAGAAACCGGGUUCUAUUGUGUUACUGCUUUCAGGUCUUCGACAUCUACCAAAUUCAAUGCUGUGGUGAAUUUUAGGAAUGCGUAUGGUCAUCUUGCGGGUACUGAGAUCAAUAAACUGCCACUUUAUGGUCUUUUGGCUGUUGCAUACGUAGUGGCGAUGGCGUUAUAUUCCUUCGCUUUCUGGAAGCACAAGCAUGAAUUGCUACCAUUACAAAAGUAUUUGCUGGCCUUCUUCGUAUUUUUAACCGCUGAAACCAUAUUCGUAUGGGCAUACUAUGAUUUAAAAAAUGAAAAAGGUAAUACUGCGGGAAUUAAAGUUUAUAUGGUGUUCCUAUCGAUAUUAACGGCUGGUAAAGUUACAUUUUCAUUUUUCCUAUUGUUAAUUAUUGCUUUGGGCUACGGUAUCGUGUACCCUAAGUUGAAUAAGACGUUGAUGAGGCGUUGCCAAAUGUAUGCUGCGUUAACAUAUGCAAUUUGCAUUGGAUUUUUGAUUCAAAGUUAUUUGACCGACAUGCAGGCACCAUCUCCACUAAUCCUGAUCACCCUGAUUCCUAUGGCACUUGCAUUAAUCGUAUUUUACUACAUGAUUAUUAGAUCCAUGACGAAAACAGUUAUCUAUUUGAAAGAGCAAAGGCAGAUUGUAAAAUUAAACAUGUACAAGAAGCUACUAUACAUCAUUUAUGCCUCCUUUUUAAGUGUUCUUGCUGGUAGUAUAGUUUCGUCAUUUAUCUAUGUUGGCAUGAACACCAUUGAAAUGAUUGAGAAGAACUGGAGAUCGAGGUUUUUCGUUACUGAUUUCUGGCCUACAUUGGUGUAUUUCAUUGUUUUUGUUACCAUUGCCUUCUUAUGGAGGCCAACGGAUACUUCAUACAUGCUAGCCGCAUCCCAGCAACUGCCUACAGACCCGGAAAAUGUCGCAGACUUCGACUUGGGCGAUCUGCAAUCCUUCGACGAUCAAGAUGACGCAAGUAUCAUCACUGGUGAACGUGCCAUAGACGAGGACGACCUGAAUUUGAAUUUUACCGAUGAAGAAGAAGGCCAUGAUAAUGUAAAUAACCACGGCCACAACCAUGAGCCGGUACCUUCCUCCCCAACAAAAUAA